UUGCUAGGAGAUGUGACGCGACAGUGGAACUUAAUUGUUAAUAGUAUUAUGACGCAAAAGUAGUCACUUUCGACUCUUUAAAAUCUUGAGCACUCCAAGCGCAGCUGCACUUGCUCGUCAUUCACACCCGAGAUCAACCAUGACUGUAGAUGAUGUGUGGGUCGGUACCUGGAGGCCGCAUAAGCCCAGAGGGCCUAUUGCAGCCUUCUACAGCAGCCCAGGGCCCAAAUAUGCCCUUCCCGGGGCCACAGGUCUUAACCAGCAUGACCCACGGAAGCUAAAAGGCCCCGCCUUCAGUUUUGGCACCCGCCACCGCCUGUUUAGCAACGACUGCUCACCUGGCCCGGGCUACCUUGUGCCGCCCAACAUCACUCGCGUGGGCCGAGACGGCACUCCGGCAUACUCGCUCUACAGCCGCGGCAAGGACCCUCAGGUGUUCCAAACACCUGGACCAGGCCGAUACUUUCCUGAGAAAUCUGGAAAGAUUGCGUACCUCUCGGCUCCAGCCUACUCACUGUCUGCACGUAGCAGAGGGUUCAGAAACGAUCAGACCCCAGGGCCCGCUGCCUACAUGCUUCCCCCGGUGCUGGGCCCCAUCAACGUGAAUAAGACGUCCGCUCCAAACUUCUCGUUGACCGGCCGCAGUAAGAUUGGCAGCUUCCAUGAGGAUCUGCAGAAGACGCCAGGUCCAGGGUCCUAUAGGGUGGUGGACCCCUGCACAUACACACACAAGGCCCCGCAGUACAGCAUGAUCGGCCGCAACAGCAUGCCUGGAGACACCACCAGGAAGCCUGGACCUGGAGCUCACCAUCCAGAGCAGGUGACCUUCACUAGAAGCAAAGCCCCAAGCUUCUCGUUUGGGAUCCGCCACUCGGAGUUUAUCGCCCCUCUCAUCACCAACGUGCCUGCUGAAUAGAGCCGGAUUAUGUUAUAUUGAAUACAGUUACUGCAGGAAUAAAGCUUGGCUCACUGGUA